AUGCAACUGUUCGUAAGGAACCCGACCAGCAGCAGUGGCGGCUGCGCGUUUCUGCUGGCUGCUGCUGCUGCUGCACUGCGGCCACCGUCGGCCACGCUCUCAUGGAGGAGGCCGGGCUGCAGUCGGAGGAGCAAGCGGUACCUCAGUCUCCCGCGCGCAAGCACCGACGGUUCAGGGUCCGGUGUUGCGGCGGCUGAGGCGUCUACCGUGGGAGACACCUUGGAACGGGAGGAGGGCGGCGGCGGCGCAGAGGCAGGUGCUUCGGCUGAGUCAUCCAACCGGAAGCAGCCGCCCCCUGUCGAUCCCAAGAUCGAGAAGGAGCUCAAGAAGGCAGUUCAGAAGACUGCAGCAACCUUUGCACCGAGGGCGUCCACGAAAACAAAAAACCCCGCUGUCCCUGGAACUGCCCUGUACACUGUCUUUGAAGUCCAGGGAUAUGUCUCCAUGCUGUUGGGUGGAGCUCUUUCCUUCAAUCUUAUAUUCCCAUCAAAUGAGCCAGACAUCUGGAGGUUGAUGGGAAUGUGGUCCAUUUGGAUGUUCACUAUACCUUCACUUCGGGCUCGUGACUGCUCAAAUAAGGAGAAAGAAGCUCUCAACUACUUGUUUCUCCUGAUCCCUCUGAUCAACGUUAUAAUUCCAUUCUUUGUGAAGUCCUUCGCUGUUGUCUGGUCAGCAGAUACAGUUGCUUUCUUCGUGAUGUAUGCAUGGAAGCCUGGAUGGUUGGUUUCAAAAGGUGGAGUCAAGAGCUUUUGUGAUGAGAGAAACAUUUAG